GGGCCUCAACUGCUUCAGCAAACACGCACGUGCACAUCACGGGAUUAACUCACCUUCCUGAAUUUACACAUAAUCAUCAUCUUCAGUUCCAUCUUUCCAUUCUACAGCCUCUGUUCUCCGCCGAUCGCCGUUGCUAUAAGACGGAGCUCCGUUACCUUUUCUACCGGAGUUGACUCGGAAUAGCUUAUGAGCCUGUAUUCUCUCCAAGUUUUCUCACAUUACAGAACCCUUAUUAAACCCUUGAGCAUUCCACCACCGUCGUCGUCGUUGACGAUGAAGGACCGGCCUCCGCCGCCUUCGUCCGUUUACGUCCCUCCACAUCAACGCCUCCUCCGUUCAGUAAUCACUGCUGUUCCGCCACAAUCCGGCGGCUUCCGUUCUACAGCAAUCGAUCCCAAGCCUAAUCCGAACGCUCAGAAGCAAAUUCAGCAGCCACAACAAAUGCGAGUGAUGCAACAGAAGAGAACUUCACGAUUUGACGAGGUUUUACUUUCUCAGGAAGUUUCCGCUUGUGAUAUUGACCUUACACCCUAUCAGGGUGCUGCCAUAUCUGACAACACUGAAGCAUGGAAAUGGAAGCUCACUGCUCUGUUACGCGACAAGGAUAAACAAGAGGUGCUCUCAAGGGAGAAAAAGGAUAGGCGUGAUUAUGAGCAAAUAGCAGCUUUAGCGAGCAAAAUGGGUUUAUAUAGCAACCUAUAUUCAAAAGUAGUUGUUGUCAGCAAGCUUCCAUUACCAAACUACAGGUUUGAUUUGGAUGAUAAGCGUCCUCAGAGAGAGGUGAUCCUGCCUCCGGGUUUGCCAAGACGAAUAGAUUCUUUUCUUGGAGAAUACUUGUCUCAUAAGCCAACGAGCGUGGCUGUACUUUCACGAUCAAGCAGUAAUGGUAGUAUAGCUACCGAUGAGGGUCUAUUUGAGCAGCCAGAGUUACUACCUCAAAGUAAGGCUUCCAUGGAGAACAUCCUUUGGCGUAGGAGCAUGCAAAUGCGAGCUGAGCAGCAAACUUGGCAGGAAUCACCAGAAGGUAGGAAGAUGCUGGAAUUUCGUGGUAGUCUACCUGCAUAUAAGGAAAAAGAAGCAAUAUUAAGUGCCAUUUCGCAAAACCAGGUACGCUAGAUCUUGAGAAUUUAU